GGCAUCAUCACCGACCAUUCAAGAGCUUGCCAAAGAGCCCAUGCUUGUCAUCCCAGAGCGCUAUAUUCAUUUAGAUAAUGAACCUUGUCCAAUUCUCUCAGAAGAUGCCACUUCCCAAACCAUCCCUACUGUUGACAUGCAACAAUUACUUAUGGGUGAAGCAACUGAUUUUCAACUAGACAAGUUGCAUUCCAUUUGCAAAGAAUGGGGAAUCUUUCAGUUGGUGAACCAUGGAGUUAGCUCUUUACUAGUGGAGAAACUGAAAUAUGAAAUUGAAGAAUUCUACAAGCUUCCUUUGGAAGAGAAGAUGAAAUACAAGAUACAGCCAGGUGAUGUUGAAGGGUAUGGACAAACCUUGCUCAUGCGAGAUGAUGAAAAACUUGAUUGGGCAGAUAGGUUUUAUAUGGUGGUCAACCCCGUCCACAGAAGGAAGGCACACCUACUUCCACAGCUCCCUUCUUCGCUUAGGGAAACAUUGGAGUCUUACAUCUCAGAGUUGCAAAAACUUGCAAUGACAGCUUUUGGGUUGAUGGCAAAAGCUCUAAAGAUUGACAAGGGAGAGAUGGAGGAGAUGUUUGACGAUGGAGUGCAAUCAGUGAGAAUGUCAUACUAUCCUCCAUGUCCCCAACCAGAGAAGGUGAUGGGCCUGAGGCCUCACUCCGAUGCUACCGGCAUCACCAUUCUUCUGCAAGUCAAUGGAGUUGAGGGCUUCCAAAUUAAAAAAGAUGGGAUUUGGAUUCCUGUUAGUUUCCUCCCAGAUGCCUUUGUUGUUAAUGUAGGAGACACUCUAGAGAUAUUGAGUAACGGUCUCUACAAUAGCAUUGAACACAGAGCAACGGUGAAUUCAGUAAAAGAGAGAAUGUCCAUUGCAAUGUUUUUCAACCCUAAGUUUGAAGCAGAGGUCGGACCUGCAGCUAGCCUUCUAAACCCACAAAACCCUCCAUUAUUCAAAAGGAUUAGUACGGAAAAGUACUACAAAUAUUUUUUCUCUCGCAAGCUCAACGGAAAGUCAUUCUUAGAGCAAAUGAAGAUUGAAAAUGGAGAAGAUGACACUGCUUGAUGGCCAUCACUAGUACUCUUAAAAAUAAAUUAAGAAAAAUAAAAUAUUGGUGUUUGUACUAUGUAGUGUAUUAAGGUUUGGAACACAACCUCUGAAUAACAUGUCAUGUCUGUGACAACGACAAAACCUCCCUUCAUGUGUAAGAUAACCCAAAAUAUAACUAGCUUGCUCAGUCAAACUAGUUGUUUGAUUUCUUUUUAUGUAUAAGUAAUGUACCAAAAAAAAAUAAUAAAUAAAUAAAUAAAAUAAAAA